UCUUGUGAAAACAUAGAAUCAGAUGCCAUGGCUUCAAGCCUACAAUUCGCUUCAUGGAUUUUAAUCUUGGUAUUAAUUAUAUCAAUAAACAACAACAACGCAACAGAAAAUGUUAACAAUUCGUCACUACACUACGAAUACGUUCUUCUCGAAGACAAACACCCAUGUACACGUACUUGUGUACAGGGUGAGGCGCCUAUGGUUUGCCACUAUCAUUUUACCGUGGAGAACUACUAUACCAUGACGAAAGCCUGUCACGAUUGUCCACAGAACCUCACCGAUUGCUACCGAAAUGAUUGUAUUCCUGGAGAUGGCCAUUCCAGAGCGAUUGUGGUGAUCAAUCGACAAAUGCCAGGACCAGCAAUUGAGGUUUGCCAGAACGAUUUGAUUGUAGUGGACGUAGAGAAUCAUCUUAUGUCAGAAAGUACGACUAUUCAUUGGCAUGGUCAGCAUCAACUAGGCUCUCCUUAUAUGGAUGGGGUACCUUUUGUAACCCAGUGCCCUAUAUUACCGAAAACUACUUUUAGAUAUAGUUUUAAGGCUCAACAGGCGGGUACACACCUUUGGCAUUCACACAUUGGCAUGCAAAGGGUGGAUGGUUGUUUUGGACCAAUAAUUGUCAGGAUACCGGCUGAAACCAAUCCAGUAAAACAGUUCUACGACUACGAUUUGGAGGAACACGUGAUGACGCUCAUAGAUUGGGAACAAGUGACGGCCACCGAGAAAUUCCUGUACCAUCAUCACAGUAUCGGCGAUAACAAGCCUUCAACGUUGCUGGUGAACGGUUUUGGAAGACACAAAUUGUUUGGGGAGGCGGCAGAGAAUGAAACUUAUUAUACGCCUUUAGCUAGAUUCACUGUAAAACAGGGAUUUCGCUAUAGAUUUAGAAUCAUCAAUGCUGGAUAUCUAAAUUGUCCCAUAGAAGUAUCUGUGGAUAAUCACACUCUUAAUGUUAUCAGCACAGAUGGUUUCAAUGUGGCGCCUGUUGAAGCCGAAUCGUUGGUAACUUACGCAGGCGAACGAUUCGACUUUGGAAUAAACGCUGACCAAGAGAAAAAACUUUAUUGGAUCAGGUUCAGAGGAUUGAUGGAUUGUGACGAAAGAUUUACCAAGGCACAUCAGGUUGCCGUCUUGGAGUAUGAAGGAUACGACGAUAGGGGAAACGAUUCAACAACAGCUAAUUCCGAAUUGAAUUAUGUCGAAUUUUUCAAUGGAGAGCGUCUCCCAGGAGGUAAUCCUGAUUAUGAUAAUUCAGCCAGAAGUGGAAAGCAAAUUAAUUCCCUAAACAAGGGCACCGAAAGUAACAACACUAAACACGUUUCCAUGCCAGAACUAAGUUCACUGGAUAGCUGGGACUCCAGACUGAAAGUUGAUCCAGAUGUCCAAAUCUAUCUAGCAUACGACUUUUAUACCAUAGACAAUAAGUACUUCCACAGAGAAGGAUAUGAAUUUAAUAACGUUACCUCUAGUUUAAAUCAGCUUUUGACUCCUCAAAUCAAUCAUAUUUCUAUGGAAAUACCGUCGUUUAGUUUGCUGUCCCAAAGAGAAGAGAUACCUAAAAAUAUGUUUUGUAACAACGAUACUAUCAAAGAUCAGGAUUGUGCGAAUUCCCACUGUGAAUGUCCCCAUGGAUACCAGAUUCCUUUGAAUGCUGUUGUCGAAUUGGUGAUCAUCGAUGAAGGGUUUGCCUAUGACGCUAACCAUCCCCUCCACUUACACGGUUACGCUUUCAGAGUGGUAGCCAUGGAGAGACUAGGAAGGAACGUUACCGUAGAUGAAGUGAAGAAAAGAGAUAGCGACGGUUACAUCAAAAGAAACUUGAUUAAUGCUCCUAUUAAGGAUACUGUAAACGUCCCCGAUGGAGGAUACACUAUUGUUCGGUUUAAAGCUGACAACCCUGGUUAUUGGAUAUUCCACUGCCACAUCGAGUUCCAUGCGGAGGUAGGCAUGGCUCUGGUCUUUCAAGUUGGGGAAAAUGGACAAAUGCCCCCUGUGCCUAAGGGAUUCCCUACGUGCGGAAAUUAUUUGCCAGAAGAAGAAGAAUCUACUGGUAAUGGUACUACCUCGAAACCUAGUGAUCUCAAACCCGUUUGUAGCAAAAAUUUGUUUGUUAACAAGUUUGAAAAAGUACUUUUCGGUGACUAUUGUAGAGAUGAAAUGUCAGCCGCACGUCAUCUUUUGGUUCCUUCUGUACUUAUAGCAGUAUUCGCCAUUAUUGUUACUUUCAUCACAAAUUAAUUAUAGAAAAAUUUAAGCCUAAAAUAUAUACGGAAUUUUUAAAACAUUUAAAUAUGCCAUAUGAUCGAAAAACAUGGCUUUACAGUGGCUUUUGAAGUAACAAUCAGUUUUAAUUUCUUUCUUGUUAAAACUUUUUUAAAAAACUAUUUUAUUCUAAACUAAACAGUAUUUUUUGACAAAUUUUUAUUUUACUUUUUGAUAAAUAACGGUUAUAAAGAUCGGCCAGUCAAAAAUAUCAUUGAUUGUCAUUUUCAAAUUACUGUGACGUCAUUUUUUUUGACAGUAUGGUAUUUAAGAGAAAGAAAAAAAAAUAGAAUACAGAAUUAUAUAAAAAUAUUAAUUCGGAAUUUCGUUAAAAUUAUAUUUUUUAAUAAAACAGGGGGAAAAGAAUGAAAUGUUUUCAUUUCAUUUUGUGAAUUUGAUUAAACGUCUGUAGCCAGUAAAAAAUAGGCGUUUUUUUCGGUGUACAAUAAACAAAUUAUGUAAAAUUUGACUGACAGUUAUUGUGAUAAUACUAGUGUAUGUAUAUGUUUGUUGUCUUUAAGUUCCUUACCAGUUAUAAUAUAAUAAAAAUAUAGAAUUUAAUUAUACGGUAGGAUAAAAAAUAAUUAGGACAAUUUUAUAAAUUUAUAAGUAUUAUACCCGGUGUUUUUUUUUCUACACGAAUAUAUACUACAGCAAUCCAGAAGAGAUACAAAGGUUAUUAUAUUAGAGAAACGUUUUAUCUUGCUAAACUCUACAACGUCAAAAAUAUCAAAAUAUAAAAGAAAUGCAUUAAGGUAGUAGCAAGAAAUUUAUGCCUAAUAUCAUUCUAUAUUUGCUGAGCUGUACAUGUUGAUUUUUUUAUCUUAAUUAUUUUUUAUCAAAUGGAUAGUUUUUGACUUAGAUAAGAAUGCACUUUACAAGACUUUAAUAUAGUCGAACACAAAGAAAAAAAUAAAACAAAGAAAAAAUAAUUAAA